GCCGUGGCCUGUCGUGCGCCUGCGCCGGGAACAUGGCGGCCGCCGCGGGGCUGUCGCUGCUGCUGCGCCGAGCGCCGCGUGGGCUGCUGCUCCCGAGACUCGCGGGGGCCGCCCCCGGCCCAGAGCGCGACUUCAGCCUCUCUCACAGCCGGGGCACGGUCAUCGUGGAGCGCUGGUGGCAGGUGCCGCUGGCCGGAGAGGGCCGGAAGCCGCGCCUGCACCGGCGACACCGGGUCUACAGGCUGGUGGAGGACACGAAGCACGGGCCCAGGGGCGGCCUGGAGCUCAUCCUCACGCGGUCGGUGGAAGGACUUGGAGUCCGGGGUGACCUGGUCUCGGUGAAGAAAUCUUUGGGCCGGAAUCGACUACUACCUCAAGGUCUGGCUGUAUAUGCAUCCCCUGAAAACAAGAAACUGUUUGAGGAGGAGAAAUUGCUAAGACAAGAAGGAAAAUUAGAGAAAAUACAGACCAGGACAGGUGAGAUGACAGUGAAAUUUCUGAGAAGCUGUCACCUGGAGGUGGGGAUGAAGAACAACAUCAAAUGGGAACUAAAUCCCGAAAUAGUUGCCCGCCAUUUCUUCAAAAAUCUUGGUGUUGUGGUCGCCCCACAUGCAUUAAAGUUACCAGAAGAGCCCAUCACACGGUGGGGCGAGUACUGGUGUGAGGUGACGGUAAAUGGACUUGACACUGUGAGAGUACCUAUGUCUGUGGUGAAGUUUGAGAGGCCCAAGACCAAAAGAUACAAGUACUGGUUAGCCCAGCAAGCUGCCAAGGGAAUGGCCCCCACCAACUCCCAGACGAUCUGAACCUUCUCUCCCUCAAAAGCAGAAGAACAGAUUCAGAGGAGCAGUGGAGCAACAGUGGGCCAGCGCCCUGUUACCACUCUCAGCUCUGACCAAAUAAUGAAAUGUUAGCAUAUGGGGACAUCAGCCUAAACUGCGUGUACACAUUGAACCCUCUGUAUAUCCCACCCCCGACUUUGACCGUUAGCACAUCAGGCCUUCCUGGGACGGUCUUACUCAAGGAGUACCAGGUUGUAGAUUUGAUAAGCUGAAUAUUAAUAGAUGAAAUAGUCUAGAUCCUGUUGAGCCUGGAAUUUGUUGGAACAAAUGGAAGAGCUAGCUACUGUCUCUAGUACCGGUCUCAUUCUCAUAUAAACUGAACAUUUGUAUCUCAAGAGGAAAUAAAGAGGUUGUGUUCUUUUUA